AUGUUUUGCCCCAUAUGCGGAGAAGUAGUUUUCGAUCAUGUCACUUUAGCUAGACAUUGUGCAAGCCUUCACAGCAGUGAUGGUGCUGGUGGCGAUCCGCAAGACUACACGCUCUUCAAGAAGUCUUUCGAAUCAUACACUGAUUUCGAGAGGUGGCUGUCUGAGCAAUGCGAGCGAACUUGUUCGAGUUUCUUCCGUAAAUCAGCUUCAGGAGAAGGCAGAACCCUAAUCCAUUUAAGAUGUAGCAGGGCUGGACGAUAUAUCAGUUGUGGAUCCAAAAGAGUGUUACCGACCAAAAAACAAACGCGGAACUGCUCAUGUUUUUUAAAUGUGCGCAUCAACAACUGUGGAAGGAUCUCUGUGCUCGGUUGUUUUGGGCAUGUUGGCCACAAGGUUGACGUCGCUCUAAUCCGCUUGACACAACCACAGGAAAUGUUCCUCAAAGGACUACUAGAGGUAUACCCGGUUAAUUAUAUAAUCAUGCGACUAAAGAGAGACUACCCAGCGAAAACGUCACGACUAUAUCAUGUUUCUCGAAGCGAUUUAAGGAGUAUUAUGAAGAAGUAUCACCUGGAACCCAUUCCUCGAAUUAACAUGGCAAAGUUGGCCACUGAAAUGAAUGAGCAUAACCCUCCUACGAAGCACAUAAUGGGAGGGCAAGAUAGCAAUAAUAACAAGUGCUGGCGAGUUCGAAACACUACAACUGGAAUCUGGCAUGAUGGCCGCGACGAAGUCAAUGGACGCUUCGACAAUAACAUCUCUAGGAAAUUUACUCACCCAGUGAUGCAACCAUUAUCCCAUUUUCCUUCAACAUUACCUCUUGGAGGCGAUAGAGAG